AUGAACUUCGAGGAUAUCGAUGAUAUCGAGGACAUUGAGGACAUUGAGGACAUCCAGAAUGAACAUCCAGAAAUAUCAAGGCGAUACAUUCGAGACGGGAGUGAUCUGUUUGAUUGUUUUGACGAGGAAGAAUUCCGUAGACGCUACCGUUUCACGAAAGACUCUGUUUUAAAUGGAAUUUUGCCUAAAAUUGAAGCAGGGCUACAUAAAAGUAAUAAUCGGGGUUUACCGAUCCCUCCUGCGAUGCAGCUCUUAAUUUGUUUGCGGUAUUAUGCUACUGCAAGUUUUCAAGUUAUUCUGGGAGACACGAUGAAUGUUUCUCAGCCCACAGUCUCCCGCAUAGUAUUUAGGGUGAGUUCACUAAUAGGCAGUCUGAUGACGGAGUAUAUUAAGUUUCCCAGGGAUCCGGACAAUUCCACUCAAAAUCGCAGGUUAUUCAAUAAUCUGGGACACGGAAACGGAGCUAUUGGUUUACCAGGUGUGGAUGGCGCUAUUGAUUGCACCCACAUUAGAUUAACAGCAUCCAGAUUCAACAACAUGGAAGAAAUGUACCGGAAUAGAAAAGGAUAUUUUUCAUUGAAUGUUCAGGCUGUCGUGGGUCCUUGUAUGGAAUUUUUGGAUAUCGUACCAGAGUGGCCUGGCAGUGCUCAUGAUAGCAGAAUUUUUCGUACAUCCCAAUUACACAUGCGAUAUGUGACGGGAGAAUUAGAUGGAAUCCUUGUCGGGGAUGGUGGAUAUCCAUGUCUGCCUUUUCUUAUGACACCCCUGCGGAAUCCCCAGACUGAAGAAGAAAUAAGGUACAAUGAAAUCCAGAUCAGGACCCGACAAAUAGUAGAGAGAACGUUCGGUGUUUGGAAGCGCCGUUUUCCAUGUCUGUCAAGGGGUCUAACAACGAAGCUAUUAUGUUCCACAACAACGGUAGUUGCAUGUGCUGUGUUGCACAAUUUAGCCCUCAUUUUCAAUGACACUCUUGUUCAAGAAGAUGAAAUUUAA